AUGGGCAACCGCCAUACCAAAGGAAGAAGUCACCAAGGCUUUGAUGUGGAUCGAGAUGUCAAAAAGCUGAACAAAGCCUGCAAAGGAAUGGGAACGGAUGAGGCAGCCAUCAUUGAAAUCUUGUCAACCAGGACAUCGGAACAGAGGCAACAAAUCAAGCAGAAGUACAAGGCUACAUAUGGCAAGGACCUGGAGGAUGUGCUUAAAAGUGAGCUGAGUGGAAACUUCGAGAAGGCGGCCCUGGCUCUCCUGGACCGCCCCAGCGAAUAUGCUGCCCGGCUGCUGAAGAAGGCCAUGAAGGGGUUGGGCACUGACGAGUCCUUGCUCAUCGAGGUCCUAUGCACCACCACCAACAAGGAGAUCAUUGCUAUCAAAGAAGCCUACCAAAGGUUAUUCGGCAACAGCCUUGAAUCGGAUGUCAAGGGCGAUACAAGUGGAAAUCUACAAAGAAUUUUGGUGUCCUUGCUACAGGCUAACCGUGAUGAAGGAGAUACUGUGGACAAGGAUCUGGCAGGCCACGAUGCCAAAGAGCUGUAUGAAGCAGGGGAAGGCCGCUGGGGCACUGACGAGCUUGCCUUCAACGAGGUCCUGGCCAAGAGGAACUACAAGCAGCUGCGAGCCACCUUCCAAGCUUACCAGGUGCUCAACGGCAAAGACAUGGAAGCAGUCAUUGAGGCAGAGACGUCGGGAGAUCUGAAAAAGGCCUAUUUAACCAUCGUGAGGUGUGCCCAGGACCGCGAGGGCUAUUUUGCCGAGCGUCUGUACAAAUCCAUGAAGGGUGCAGGGACCGACGAGGAGACACUGAUUGCCAUCCUUGUGACCAGGGCUGAGGUGGACCUUCCAGGGAUUAAAGCAAAGUUUCAAGAGAAGUAUCAGAAGUCUCUCACUGACAUGGUUCGCUCAGACACUUCUGGAGACUUCAGGAAACUCCUUGUGGCCCUCUUGAAUAAUUGAGCCAAGCCCCAGAAAUAAGAAUAAAGAGAGAAGCCAUGUUUUUGAAGAGCAUAUU